GAAUCGGUCGAUGUGUCCAGAAAUAAAUGAUCUGAGAUGAUCGGUUGUUAUUAGUGGUGCACUCGAUAGUGAUCUGGUGGUGAUGCUUGACCGAGAGCCUUGACCUAGGAGCGCAUAAUCAUUUACUAUGAGUACUUCCUUGAGUAAACACUAGUAAAUAAAAGGUAUGUAAUUCGGAAUAACAAAAGUUCAACGCUCGUUGUUUUCAGGAAGUGUACUUCGUACUUCCAUAAGAAAAGAAAUUGAAUGGAGCAAAUGACCAACUUAGUAAAAAUGCGAUAAACCAUGCUCAAUCGUUUGCAAUGCAUGAAUAUAUGUAAUUAUAACAUUUAGGUACAAUACAAAAUAUGAUGCUACUAAAAGUUUGUUUUGCACAAUCAUAGUUACUUGCCCUGCUUAGGCCAUGUCCUUGAGAACGUUACUAUUACCACUUAAUAGUUUCGGUUACUAGAAUUUCAGCGAUCUAUACUCUCAUCAUAUGGUACUUUGGGAUAUUCGUCCGUCCGUGAUGGUAUUGCCUAAAAACUAAUCAAUAAAACCCAAUGGCUGACAUUAGUAAAUCGCUUGAUGACAAUGUUGUCAUUUCACGUCGUACGUUGAACACAUUUGGUGGCGUGUUUUGCUCUGUAACAUUAUCCCAGUUCAGUAGCGUGAUAUUUCUACGUUUAGGGUUUAUUAUUGCUCAUGCUGGUUUGCUGGAAAGUAUAUUACAACUAUUACUAUCCUAUUUCAUCCUGUUGCUGACUGUAUUUUCUAUAUGCGCAAUUAGUACAAAUGGGGCAGUUGAAGGAGGAGGUGUAUAUUUCAUGCUUAGUAGGACUUUAGGCCCUGAAUUCGGUGGAGCUAUUGGAUCGAUAUUUUUCCUCGCACAAGUUUGUAGUGCUGCUUUGUAUAUAGCGGGAUUAGUGGAAGCUGUGCUCAUAAAUUUCGGUCCUGGAGGUAUUUUAUUCAAUGGGGUACUACCUGGUGAAAAUCACUGGUGGAGUUACCUGUAUGCCAUAGUUAUUCUUGCACUUUGUAUGUCUAUCCUAUUAAUUGGUAGUCAAAUGUUUGCUCGUGCUCUGUACUUCAUUCUUGCAGUUGUGGUUAUUGUUAUUAUCUGCGUAUUUGCUAGUUUCUUUCUACAACCAAAAUUGAUACCUUUGCCAAGAUCUAAUUCGCUUAUUUAUAAUUCAUCAACAUCAAAUAAUAUAACUAUAUUUGCCGAGUUUACUGGCUUAAAUGGGAAUACAUUCAAAGAAAAUAUUUAUCCUAUGUAUUCAAUUGAUUAUACCACUGGUUCAUUGACGUCUUUCGUCAUUGUUUUCUCCGUAUUAUUUUCUGGUGUAACUGGGAUAAUGAACGGUGCAAAUGUAUCUGGUGAAUUAAAGAAUCCUUCUCGUUCAAUCCCUUUGGGAACUCUAUCUGCUUUACUUUGUACAUUGUUAAUUUAUCUCGUUAUGAUGAUAUUCUCAGCUUCUUCUAACAGCCGAUAUCUGUUAUUAAAUAACAAUAUAUUUAUGCAAUCAAUUAGUUUUUGGCAACCAAUCGUUGUAAUAGGUGUUUUUGCCACUACAUUAUCAGCAGCUUUAGGCAAUCUUAUUGGAGCUUCACGUAUAUUGGAGGCGAUAGCUCGUGAUGAAUUAUUUGGUCGACUUCUCCAUCCAGCAAAAUGGACCUCAAAACGUGGUAAUCCGAUAGUGGCAGUCCUUUCUGCUGGGUUUCUUUGUUUGUUAAUUUUACUGAUUGGUAGAUUAAAUGCUAUCGCUCCACUUGUAUCUGUUCUAUUUUUACUGGCUUAUGCUUCGGUGAAUUUGGCCUGUGCUGGUUUAGAUGCUGCCUCACCACCAAAUUUCAGACCAACAUUUCGUUAUUUUAACUGGAUCACUUCAAUUUUGGGAAUGAUUGGUUGUUUCAUUAUGUGUUUAUUAAUUCAACCAAUUUAUACGGUAGUCGCAAUUAUUGUUUUAGGUCUACUUGUAUUUUCAUUAUAUCAGCGGCAUUUAGAAUCGUCAUGGGGUAAUAUUGGACAAGCGCUUUUAUUUCAUCAAAUCCGUAAAUAUUUAUUAUUGUUGGAUUCCCGUAAAGAUCAUGUUAAAUACUGGAGACUCCAAUUACUGUUACUUGUUGCAAAUCCACGUUCGUCAGCCUCACUUGUUCAAUUUAUGAAUAGUUUGAAAAAAGGUGGUCUUUAUGUAGUUGGUCAUGCAAUUUGUGGUGAUCCAGAUGAGUUCGUCGACCAAUCGGAUCCAUGUCUAAAUCAGCGUUGGUAUUGGACACAAUAUGUGAAAUAUUUGAAAACUAAAGCAUUUGUAGAAAUAACAAUUGAUCGAAGUGUACGCAGAGCGAUAUCACAUCUUAUUCGAAUUUCUGGUUUAGGUGCAAUGCGUCCAAAUACAGUGUGCUUGGGAUUUUAUGAUGAUAAGCCGUCAAUCGAUGUUUUAGCUAGGAUUUGGAAAGAACGUAAAGUAAAAAAAUUCAGUUCAUGGCCAAAUCAUAUUCAUUCAUAUAAUUCCACGGAAUUAAUCAUUAAUAAUAAUGAUGCCCAAACGACAAAUGCUUAUUUAAGCAGCAGUGAACUAUUAGCUAAUUUCGGUUCAGUUCCGAAUCAGGAUUCAAAUUCUAUUUCUGUCAAUCAGAAUAAUACAGAUAAUCAAUUUUAUGGUGACCAUCGUUCUGGUCGUCUUACCUCGCAGGAAUAUGUCAGCAUUAUUCGAGAAAUUCUCAAUAUGGAGACCAAUGUUGUACUUGCUCGAAAUUUCGACAGAGUAAUUUUUGAUGAAGGUAUGUCUGGUUGGGAUGCAACUCGACGCUAUUUCCGUAAUAUUUUUCAUACAAAUAACCGUUCACAACGGUUAAAUUCAAAUUAUAAUAAUGGUUAUGAUGCAGGUACAGUGAUGGAUGUUACUAAUUCAAUGUCUGAGAAUAAUCCAUAUAUAGUGGACACUUCAAAAGUUAUAUUCUUUGAUAUAUGGCCAAUUAAUCUUCUUGGAUUUUAUGGUGAGAAUUUAAAUCUACCAUCAUCUUCAUCACACGAAGAAAUUUACAAGCAAGUGAUUGAUCGUACUGGUCUUUUCCUCUUACAACUUGCCUGUUUAGUCGCUAGAUCACCCUAUUGGCGUAAACGUCGUCAUCCACCAAAACUACGUGCAUUUUUUCCACAGUUACGUACAAUGAAUCCACCUAAUGGAGAGGUUGUUACCGUAACUGACAAAGCACGUUCUCAAUUAUCAACUUUGUUGAAAAAUUUACGAAUUCCUGCAGAAAUACAUCUGGUUGAUAUGGAUAGUUCAAUGAUGAAAAAAAAUUCAAUGUUGAAAAAUAUUGAUGAUAAUAUUAAUAAUAACAGAAGAAUAAUCUGUUUAAACCAAUUAAUUUUGUCUCAUUGUCAUCCGAAUACAACAGCUUUAUUUCUCUAUUUGCCUAAACCAAGUUCAGAUUUAUCAUUAGCUGAUAUUUAUUUGAAUCAAUUGAAUAUACUAACCGAUACGUUACCGCCAACAUUGUUAGCUCAUGGUUUACAUGAGGUCACUUCAGCUGAACUGUAAUGAUUUAUUUUUGAUUUUGUGUCUUAAUAAGAGUUUAAAAAUGAGUGAGCAACAACAUAUGUAUUAUGUCUAUCUAGUUGUUUUUUUCUCUGAUUGAAUUCAAUAUUAAUUAUUUGUGUGUCCCUUUUGGAUUAAUACGGUGUUUUUUGCCAAGUGUCCAUGCCUUAUUUACUAUUUCGUUAACGCAAAAAGAUUAUAGUUGCCUUCCUUCAGUAUUUUUUUUAUAUUCACAUUUCUAUGAAUGGCUAACAAUUUCACAGUAAUUUUUAUUGUCAGUAGUGAGAUUCAACCAAAUGAUCAUUACUUUAUUAAUAAACAUAAACUGAGUCAUAAAAAUCCAUGAUUACAAGGUGUUUAUCAUCAGAUAAAUGAUGAAAGUACAGUUUUUGUUAUUCAUAUAUUAUCUUACUAAAUAAAUAAUUUCUCACACGCAUUGUUGGUUGUUUGAAGCCUAAAUUUGCUAGAUUGAGUAAUGAAAAAGAACAGUUACAAUUCUUCUACUAAAAAAACAGUUUGUUUCAAAUGUUAAUAUUUACCAUUACUUCAAUUGAGUGUUUAUUUCUUAUUGUGAAUUCAAAAUAUAAUUAGUCUAUGUUGAAUUACAUAUAUUAACACAUACACACACGCGUAAGGCAUGUUUAUGAACAGUCUGUUCAUGUUCCAAUCAUCAAUACAAUGUACUUCGUUGACCUAAUUGCUAUUUAUAUAUGUAUUUUGAUAAAUAAUGAUGAUUAGAGAAUAAGAACUUGGAUAGAAAAUCAAAAAAUAAACAGCAACAUCUAAAUAGCAUGUUGAUUCAUGAACUUUAUUAAUUGUCUGAAUGUAAUCAACCUAAUUACAUUUAAUCGUUUCUUUCUUCACUUUUUUAUAUUGUCAUGUUUAUAUGAUUUUAACUAAAUUUAUGGAUUUUGUAUUUUAAUAGAUGUGCAUUCAUUUUUCUCUUCUAAUCAGAAAUUUCUAUUUUUUAUUUUUGGUCAGCUACAAUUGCUUUCUUUUUUUUCUUUUCAAUUACGAUAAAUACAAAUAUAAACGGUGACAACUAAUUAAAACGUUUAUUAUAACAGAAAUGCUUGUUUUGUUUAUUGCGUAAACGAUGGUAUUAGUUGUUUGCAAUAACUGAUGUUCAUAUUUUCAUGAUACAAAUUAUUUACUUGACAUAUACUCUUGUUAAUUUAUUUUCUACAGAGAACGAUUAGAUCACUGAAUUGGUAUUAUAUGGUUUACAUUUCUUAUUUCAGUUAGUUUAAAAUAUUUCAUGACAAUCGUCCAUUACAGUAGGUGAUAUGUCUGAUA